GACAGCUCGAGCACGCUCUGAUCGCAUGCAUUCGCUCACACAGUCCAGUGACACACGCUGGCCUUACAAACUUUGAAUGUGCACGCUGCUCGUAGUGCCAAUGCCGGAGUUAAGCGUUUUUUUCAUUUACGCGAAGGACGUGAUCAGGGGGACGGAGGGACAGCGGGACUGAGGGACAACAGAUGCUUCAGAGUGGGAGCUUACCAACCCUGCUGCUGUUACUGAGCUUCACCUUUUCUAUAGAAACAGAUACCAGGCUGCUAUCCCCACCACAGAAAGUCCGCAUAGAAUCAACAAACAUGAAGCACCUGCUCAAGUGGAGCCCCCUGCAAGUCUCCUGUGGUACUGUCACCUACUCAGUUCAGUUCCAGGGGGAGUUUGAACUACAGUUUCUGAACGGAAGCUGGGAGAAUGCCUUGGACUGUCAGAGCAUCCAUGAGAACGUCUGUGACUUGACCCCUGACCUCGCCUCUGACUCUGACUAUGACAUCCGCGUGAGGGCCGAGUGUGGAGGGCGGGUCUCCCGCUGGACAAGCCCUGGGACACGCUUCAACAGGAGAGAGACAAACCUCUCAACCCCUGACAUGAAAGUCAAUGUGUCUGGUGACUUCAUCCAUGUGGAGUUCGCCGACCUUCCCAGAAAUGUGGAUAUAAUCCUCACGCACUGGAAACAAGGCCAGGAGCUCAGUGCUUCCAGGCACCACAUCACUGCAGAGUGGAACCCCUUUCACCUGGGGAGGUUGGAGAGCGGGGCCACCUAUUGCCUCAGUGCACAGGCCCUUCUGCACAACAUCAACAAGAGCACCAGCACAGAGACAAAGUGCUUCAGCAUUUCUGAAUCCAUGCUCCCCUGGCUGAAGCCCACCGCUGUGUUUGUUGCGGUGGUCAUCAUUAUGGCCCUGGGGCUUGCAGCGUUUUGGUCUCUGACACGGUGCUGCCCCACCCUCCUACAUGCCUGCUGGCCUAAGGAACAGCUGCCAAAGGCACUGCUCCACGGAGAGGCGGUGAACACACUGAGGGUCCGCACAGAGGAGGAGCUCCGAGAACUGUACCACUCAUUGCAGGUGCUGGACCCAAGCCAGCUCGAGAGAGAAGAGGAGAAGGGGUGAGGAAGCAUGAUGGAUCUCCUCGCUUUUAGAGCAGCAGCCACACAUUCACCUUGACCUAAACUCACCUGCACGUUGACUUGGAUCAGAACUAACAAUUACACUAUGAAGUGACAGACUCAAGUCUGAUGAAGCUUGGAUAGUCACUGUGUGAUGUCAGUCCUACUGCCUGGCUGUUGAAGGAAACGUCAAUCUAAUAUUCUGCUGGAUGAUGUCAGUUUAUUAUCACACUGUCAG